CUUUCCCACCGAAUGAUGCUUAACAGCUGACCAGAACAUGUUCUUUGGCCAAGUCUAUCCUCCACUGAUGCCAACCUUUUCUUUUUGCAUUCAAACUAAUGUGCUGUGUCUGACCUACUCUAACAAUUUCUACAAGACAAACAAAGAAAAAGAUAAACUACAGCCACUACUUUCAUCUCUUUUAAAUAUAUAUAUAUGUGUGUGUGUGCGUUAUUUAAACAACAUGGCCCCCCAGUUACGUUCAGGCAUGUAACUGUGUUUGCUUCCUUUGCCUGUUGUGGCAGGUGCUUGUGACUAUAUUUAGCUUAUCUCUAUGCGUCAUAACCAAGUUGGCAGAUCUUGCAGCAGCUCUUAACACGUGAGAUGAAAUAUCAGAAUUUAUGAAAGUGCUUUUUUAUGGAAUGCUAUCAAUAAUUAAUAUGUAAGAGUUUAAUUUUCAUCCAUCCAUUGCUAAAGGGGAUGCAGUAUCACUAUGGAUGUAGGGAAUCUCUGUUUUCCGUGACAUCUGAGUUCAAUACAUAAAAACGUGAGAAAAAAAACCCUGUUGUCACAGACGGUUCUGCAGGAUGUUCUCAAGAGGACUUGGCAAAGCACAGAUGUCUAAUUUUGCACCAUCACUGCCAGGAUUGAGCCUUGCAAGGCAGUGACACAUGUAAUCAUGCUCUCGAAGCAAUCAGGGUGGCAGCCUAAGAAAAGCAGGUCAGUGCACCUCACCCUCCUACAAAGCCACCACUGACAGAGUCUGUCAGAGCGCAGACUCACAGGUCUUUGUCCCCCAUUUUUCUUUCACCCUGACCGGUAAUUCCAGACGCUAUCAGCUGGAGGUCCCGGUCACCCAAGCCUCCACCGACAAAAUGCAUGAAGGGACGAUGAAGCAAAACAGAUGAGAAGUUCAAUUCCAGUGUGGGGACUCUGCCUCAGCUCGAGCCACCAGUGGUCCAGGUGAUGGUUAGCAAUGCCAAAAACCAGCAGCAGCAGUCAGACAGCAUCUUGCCCCAAAUUGCCAACAAAGGGGGUCCAAACAACUAUCAGACACAAUCGGAUGAGAGGCCAAAGCCCGCUCAGCAGUUCUCCACACGGUUUGGUACAACAGUCGAUAAAGUGGCAGUGUCUCGCAACAGCAGGAUUUUCAUCAACAAGCUGGAGAAAGAGAAAGCAUACGAGGGUCAAAGGUUACCCAUGUCACCUGUAGAAGCAUUGAAGAACUUCCAGGAUCGGCUGACAGAGUUUGAAAAGGAAGAAAUCAUGGAUUAUUCUGAGAUCUGGUUCCUUGGUUUGGGUUCCCAGAAAAUCGAGGGUUCCCAAGGAGCUCCACAGAACUCAGGAUACGAUGAUGAACACGGAAGCUACAUCAGGGUGUUGCAUGACCACAUUGCCUACAGGUUCGAAGUGCUGGAAGUGAUCGGGAAAGGCUCCUUCGGGCAGGUCCUAAAAUGCCUGGAUCACAAGAACAAUGAACUUGUAGCCAUAAAGAUAAUCCGCAAUAAGAAAAGGUUUCAUCACCAGGCUCUUGUGGAGCUGAAGAUCUUGGAUGUGAUAAAGAGGAAAGACAAAGACAACCUCCACAACGUCAUCCACAUGAAGGAGUACUUCUACUUCCGAAAUCACCUUUGCAUCUCCUUUGAGCUUCUGGGGGUGAACUUGUACGAGCUCAUUAAAAAAAACAACUUCCAGGGCUUCAGCCUCGCCCUUAUCCGGCGUUUCGCUCAUGCACUUCUGAGGUGCCUGCAGAUGCUGCACAGGGAGAAGAUAAUCCACUGCGACCUCAAACCGGAGAACAUCCUUCUCUCUCAAAGAGGGCCAGGCAACAUCAAGGUGGUCGACUUUGGCUCAAGCUGCUAUGAACAACAAAGAGUGUACACAUAUAUCCAGAGUCGCUUCUACCGCUCUCCAGAGGUCAUCCUGGGUCACCCUUACAGCAUGGCCAUUGAUAUGUGGAGCCUGGGCUGCAUCCUAGCUGAGCUUUACACAGGCUAUCCUCUCUUCCCUGGAGAGAGUGAAGUGGAGCAGAUAGCUUGCAUAAUGGAGGUCCUUGGAAUGCCUCCAAAUGAUUUUGUUCAGUCAGCAUCGAGAAGGAGGUUGUUCUUUGACUCUAAAGGAAACCCAAGAAAUAUCACUAACAGCAAGGGGAAGAAACGGAGACCGAGUUCCAAAGAGCUUUCAGCUGUGCUGAAAACGAAUGAUGCUGUCUUCUUAGACUUCAUCAAACGCUGCCUCAGCUGGGAUCCAAGUAAGCGCAUGACUCCUGAUGAGGGGUUACAGCAUGAGUGGAUCCUACAAGGAAAUUUCAACAAAGUCCGGAGCAGAACCAAGCCUGCAGCCAAGAAGACAUCAGACAGUUCGACCAGCACAGACAAACAAGCUAACAGCUAUCCUGCAGAGAAGGUCAGCUCGGAAAGCAACAGCAGCGACAAGCUGAAGAGAGACAGUUCAGAAACCGGAACAAAGAUGGCUCCCGCAGAGCGUCUGCGUCCCAUUGGGGCCUCGGCAGAAGAGGAGGUGUGUGAACGUGAAGGCAAGCUGUCCACAGAUACCAAGCAACAGGAAUGCAGCGGAGAAAGGCCCAUACACAUCAUCAUCAAACCUCAAGAGGAAGAUGACACAGAGAGGAAAGAUAUUCAGGAGCCAUCUCAGGAUUUGUCACCUGCUGUCUAACAAACGGAGAUAAAUAUGCUACAAUCAUGACAAAUGGGAACAGAGAACAUUCAAAUAACACGAUUGAGAAAGCUGAUUUUGAAAACCCUGCACAUUCACAAAGUCAGUGAAACGUUACCACUGAUAGUAACAGAAAUGUGUGAUUCACACACAGAAAACGUCUCCGUUUCCACGUGCCGUGUAGAAAACACUGAUGUAUGGAGUAGAAACAACAAUCAACAGCAAAGACAGACAUCGUUUUUAUUGUUUAAACUAUUCAGUCGUAGUGUAUUAUCAUUUGUUUGGUGAAUCUUUGAGUUCUUAUGACAGUGAAGUCAAUCAACCAGUUGCAUUUUUGAAUGAAGUUGAGAUGCAGUUGUUAGUUUGUCUAAACGUGUCACAAACUGUCUGCCACACAACAAUGUACAGAUGGUACAGCAUAAACUCUCUUACUGUUUAUGAACCCCAAAAAUCUUUGCUGUGCAUUGAAAAGAUGAGCUGAUGUAAAAAGAAAAGAACAUUGUAGAAAAAAAGAUCUGAAGAACUGUGUGGUGCAAUAAAGGCUGAGCCAAAUGUUUUCUUUUUUCAGUUGUGAUAUUCAAGAAAUAUUUCUCAUGUACAUUUUAAUUAUAGUAUGAAGUCAAUGACAUACUGAUUAUUAAUUACUUUAUCGCUGUUUAUUGUGGAAUAUAUUUGUUUAACAGUUUAAUUCAACAAACAUUAAAGAUUUGUAACAGAAUUUACUGUAUAUAUAUAUAUAUAUAUAAAUGUAUGUUUCAGCUGUAACUUCUUAUACAUGUCAACCACAGACCAUAUUAUGAGAAAAUAUUUCAGAUACUUGUGGGGGACUUAGACAAGGUUUUACUUGUUGUCUUGUUACUGUAUGAAGAAAUUUUGUAUGUCUGUGUUAUUACCAACAUUUUUUAUAUUAGAUACAAAAAGACAAUCCUAUUAUUGAUAGUUUGUGCCUUGCAGUAUUAGAAAUCUUGCACUUUAAUAUUGUGUGUGUACACCUGAAAUUGCUGAAUUCUUACCCGAAUUUGAUUUAACCUGCCAGGAUCCUUUUUAUUUUAUAAGAUCCUAUAUCUUAUAUAAUGUUACAGAAGAAAUUGAAAAAAAAAACUUGCAUUUUAUUAGUUUUUUGUUUGUUUGUUUGUUUUGUUUUGGGGUUUUUUAGUCGCCAUAAAAGAUCUGACAUAAAUUGCAGAUAAAUUGCCCUCGCUUUGUGUUCGCUAAGAAGGCAGAUAUGCUGAAAUAAAGGAUUGUAGCUGAAAUAAAAGUCCUGAUAAAUCAUUUUUAUGACGGAAUAAAAGACGAGAAAAAAGCUGUUUCAGAAACCAUGUGUUUGAUAUAUCCUUUUUAUUCAACCAGAGAUAAAAACGAGGCAUGUUCAUCACUUUGUGAGCGUCAUACAGUUUGGACUACACUACUAGUACAUUAAUUAAUCUUUUAAGUUAAUGUGUUAUUGGUGUAAUUCGUAUUUUCAUGAUGUAAUACUCAGCAAAUUAACGUCUUAACAGGUAUAAUAACCAUCAAGUUGGCAGACAUGAGGCCACAACGAAACAGCAAAUAAAUAUUUGAAUAUACAAUUCAGUAGUAAAACAGAAACGAGACAAUACCAUUAAUCGAAAUGUAUAAUUAUAUAAGUAGUGUUUUAUCAGUUUAUGCUAAUAAAAAGCUGAA